GGUCGCCAUCUUUGUUGUGGCCGAAGACACGUCCGGUCGGCUGCCGUGUUUCUUGUGGUUCCCUUCGGGCCCUCGCCCCUCACAAAGGCAUCCUUCUUAUCUCCUGCCUGAACCUUACCCGACGCUGGCAGCGGUGGACGCCGACCGACCCCGCGCUCUUGGCACGGUAUUCCGCCUCCAUUCCCGGCGCUUGGAUGCAUCGGGGUGCUGCUUUCGGUUCAAAAUGGCGGCGCCCGUGCUUGCCACCCUAUUCCGUACAACAUGGCGGCGCCCGUACUUGCCACCCUCUUCCGUACAACAUGGCGGCGCCCGUGCUUGCCACCCUCUUCCGUACAACAUGGCGGCGCCCGUUUUCGCCACGCGUUCCGGUUCAAAAUGGCGACGCCCGUGACCGCCACGUGCUUUCGGUUUAAUAUGGCCGCGCCCUUGCCCGCCACGUGUUUUUAGGUGCCCAGGGUGUGGUGGAUGUCCUGAUUGAGGGACUUCUAGUAAAACCUCUAUAUAGGGCCUUAAAAGCAGCCGAGAGAGGAAUUAUUCCAUGGACUGAACACGCUAGAGCAGCUUUUAAACAGCUGAAACACUCACUGAUGUCAGCUCCAGCAUUGGGACUGCCAGAUUUAACUAAACCUUUUGAACUUUUUACAUAUGAGAGACAGAACAUGGCUUUGGGGGUGCUAGCACAGCGUCUCGGGAACCAGCGGAGAGCUGUGGCCUACUUUUCCAAACAGUUGGAUAGCGUUGCCCAAGGUUGGCCGGGGUGCCUAAAGGCUGUGGCAGCCACUGUCAUUUUAAUCCAGGAGGCCCGAAAACUUACCCUUGGGCAACACAUUGUGGUGUAUGUACCCCAUGCCGUGGCAGCUGUCCUUGAGCAAAAGGGGGGACAUUGGCUGUCUGGCAACCGGGUGUUGAAAUACCAAUCACUGUUGUUAGAGCAAGAUGAUGUUACCCUAAAAACAACUUCUGUUUUUAACCCUGCUAUGUUUCUGUCCUCCAUCUUAAUUGACAAUGAGCCAGAGCAUGACUGCUUGCAGAUAAUUGAGGAGGUCUAUUCCAGCCGACCAGAUCUGAAGGAUGUGCCCAUGGAGAAUCCAGAUUGGGAACUCUUUACUGACGGAAGCAGCUUCAUGAAAAAUGGUAAAAGGAUGACAGGCUAUGCAGUGACCACACAGGAUAAGGUGAUCGAGGCAAAGGCCCUGCCAGCAGAUGUGUCAUCGCAGAAAGCUGAGCUGAUUGCACUAACAAGAGCUCUAGACCUGAGUGAGGGAAAAAAGGUAAAUAUAUGGACCGAUUCCAAAUAUGCAUUUAGUGUUGUCCAUGCCCAUGGAGCCGUUUGGAAAGAGAGAGGACUUUUGAAUGCUCAAGGUAAUCAAAUUAAACAUGCUGAGCAAAUACUCGCCCUCUUAGAGAGCAUUAAAAGACCUGCAGAAGUAGCUGUCAUGCACUGUAGAGGUCACCAAAAGGGGAAAACUGCUCCAGAAUUGGGAAAUUGCUUUGCUGAUAAAAUGGCAAGAAGGAUUGCAGAAAAGGGUAUUCUUGCAGUAAUGCCACAGAAAGAGAUUGAUUUGUCAGGGUACACCCCAAAAUAUGAUCAGGCAGACCACAAACUAAUAAAAUUCCUUAAAGCUAAAAUCGCAGAAACUCCUAAAGGCAACAUCCUGAUAGCACAGAACACUCUGCUGAUGGGUUUUGCUGCUGCCAAAAGACGCCUGGCUUGUUCACUUUGCUGUUAA